UGCAUCAACCCUCUGAGUUUGGGGAAGCUUGCUCCAGAGGAAUGUGGUGUAGUAGAUGUUAGUGGUGUCAUGGAGGUUGGAGACUGGGUCAAAGUUGAGUCUGACAAGAAGAAAAUCAAACAUGUGCAGGAGAGGACUGUCACAUGGGAUGAAGGCUACUACGAUGCUGCUGGAAAGGUUGGACAGGUGCAAACCACCUACCCAUUCAACGAUGUUGUACGUGUAAGCAUUGGGCAUAAAGGAUACCCUCUCAACAUAUCACUUGUCACAAAAGCAACUGCACAAGAUGUACAUGAGGCCUUCGGAUCUGGGGAUGUGGCGAAUCCGGCUGUUGCAAGAGGGGACAUGGUAAAGAUUGGUGUCAGUGUCGACAAACUCAAGAGAAUGCAAGAUGGACAUGGUGGAUUUGUGGACCAAAUGGAAGAGGCAACUGGGACAAUUGGUUCAGUGAGUUACAUAGACAGGGACGGGGAUGUCUAUGUCAGAUUCAAUGUGAGAAGGCUUUGCUUCAAUCCAGAUGUCUUGUCCAGAGUCACCCCAGUGGAGGACACCUUCUAUGUUGGGGACAUUGUUCUUGUUGAGUCAGACCAGGACAGAUUCAAGCUUCUCCAAACUGAAGAACAUGGAGGAUUGAAUGCAAGAAUGCUUUUGACCUGUGGAAAGACUGGAAGGCUCCACUCCAUUGUAAGUCAGAAGAGAAUAAGAGUGAAGGUCCAAGGGAAGGUGUGGGUCUUUAACCCAGAUCUACUGACAAGAAUGGGCAACCCAGGACUUGGUACUGGAGACUGGCAGUCAGCUACCAUCUGUGCCCCAGGACAGCAUGACUGGAGCAGGGGCCGCUGCCUGCUUUGUGCUAAAUGUGGAGAGUGUACCCACUAUGGGAGAUUGUGCCCUGCACGGGGCAAACCUGGAAGACAUCCUGGCAGUUUGUGUGGCUGUGGCAAUGGAGAUGCCGGCUGCGAUGACUGUGGAUACUGCAGGAGAUGUGCAGGAGAGUUACAGUUGAGAGAGCGAGAUGAUGAUGAACAAGAUGAUGUCAUGCAGAAGCUGCUGCAGCUGGGUGGUGACAUUGGUGGACUCUUCACUGGGCCUCUUCAUGAUGCUUUUAUGGAGUGGUUGGGCAAGAAAGGUGACAAGUCUGACACACCAGGCCAUGGCAGAGGUGACACACCUGCCCCACCAAGGGAAGAGAUGGUUCCAGUUCUGAAGAAGAUGGGCCAGGCCAUAGAGCUGACGAGGAAAAGCAAAAGCCUUGACUCCCUUGAUGCUUUGAAAAACGCUUUGGAGAAUGACUGCUAUGCCCCCUUUCUGACAUAUAAAAGUAUUGCAGACCGGCGGCUGAUGGCAGACACUUUGGCCAACGUUGAUGGAGCCCAAAUCUUUAUGGACUAUCUGCAACUCCUGUCCACCACAGUCAGUGAUGGAAGUAAUGGUGAUACAAUUGCCAGCUCACUGCAGUGCAUUGAAGUUCUGCAAAAGCUUGUAAUUGAAUGCACACAAAUGAGCUUUGAGUUCUGCCGUGCUGUGGGAAGAUGUGGUCUUCUUCAGAUGUUUGUACAGGAUCUUGUGGCUCUUCAAAAAGAUGCACAAAAUCAGAGCACCAGUCCAAUGAUCCAACCCCUUCUUGCUAUCGUUGCCAACUGUGCAAGAACACCAGACAACCAGGAGUGCUUCACUCGCUGUGGUGCUGCAGAGGCACUUAAACCUUACCUUAGGCACAAAGAUGCAAAUAUCAGGUUCAUCACACUUUCCUGUUUGGCUUUCAUUGUUGAAAAUCAAAACAUGCAUCUCAUUAGAGUGAAUGUAGAUGGUGCAGAGCAGAUUGUGUCCCUGCUGAAAGAUGCUCUUGACCAUCCUAAUCAUGAUGCAACGGUAGGAACAUACUCUUAUCCUGCCUUCGAGCUUGCUACCAUGUUGGGUGGCCUUGUUCGUAAUGACGAAAACAAACAGGUAUUUGUCACAAAUGGUGUGGUGGACUUGCUCAUCAGGCUGAUAGAAAUUGGGACAGAUCGAGAGAAGGAAGCUGCAAUCGUGUGCAUCCAGAAGCUUUCCUACAGUGACCACAUCAGCACCAUCAUAAAGAAGGAGACAAGAGCAGAGCAAGUGUUGAGAGCCAUGAAACAUGACAGAGGUCUUUCGUCUGUUAUUCGGGACAUAGCAGCAGCUGCGCUGCAGAUUCUUAGAGAAGGACCACCAAGAGUGGUUGAAGACCCAAGUGGAGGACCAGGAAGAAUCAGCACCAUCAGCUACUCAGACCUGACAGUGAAUAAUGUUGUUGGAAAAGGUGCCUUUGGACAAGUGUGCAAGGGCUACCAUAAGAAGUGGAUGGUGGAUGUGGCAGUGAAGAAACUCAAUUCCUCAUCACGCGAACAAUCCAUUAGGCGCAGCAAAGCCCUCAUGGAGGAGGCCAACUUCAUGUAUCGAGCAAGAAAUGCAAACAGAUUUGUUGUAGGCCUGUAUGGGGUGUGCAUUGAAGAUACCUUCACAGCUAUGAUCAUGGAGUACAUGGCCAAUGGCUCUGUGGGUGACCUGAUUUCUCGUGUGAAACAUGUGCCUUGGGCUUUGAAGUGGAGAAUCCUUCAGGAAACCAUCCUGGGGAUGAACUUCCUACACAGCCUGGAUCCACAGAUCAUCCACCGGGAUCUCAAGGUCCAGAAUGUUCUCUUGGAUGAGGACUUUCAUGCUAAGAUAUCAGACUUUGGCUUGGCAGAAUACAAGCCCCUCACAAGUAUUGGAGAUGAAAAGGGAAACCUGUGUGGGACCAUAACUCACAUCGCACCAGAACACUUCAAGAAUCCAUACAUGAAGGCAGGGGAGAAAUUUGAUGUUUACAGGUAUAUUUUUCAAUUUUGUAAGUUAAAGUUUGUGUACUUUGGAUCUUCAUUGGGAAGUAUACCAGGAAAAAAGCCAUAUCGAGAGAUCGGCAUUGGUGGAGUCAUCAGGGAACGUGUCAUGAAAGGAGAACGUCCUGACAAGAGGCAGAUCCCAACAGAAGGCCCCAAUGAGCUUUCUUUCUUCGUCCAUCUGAUGGAGAACUGUUGGGAUCAGGAUGCACAGGAGAGGCCCACGUUUAGAACCCUUGGGGAGCAGGUACAGGUGGUGACACAGAAAACAAAUGCCCAGGUCGCCCAGGCAAUUCAAGUUGUACUGAAGGAGCAAGGUGAUGAAUUACACAACAUUCUGUAA